AUGGCAUGGACGACGAUUCUUGCGAUUCUCUUGUAUCACAGCGUGUCAGUUAUUAGUGUUCAACACUAUACUCAUGACGAAUCUUUUACCCCAGACGCAGUUCUUACUGUAACUCGGCAAAAUAUUAGCAUUGCGGGAGUAAACAAAUUCGCUACUCUAGUCAACGACUCCAUCCCUGGCCCAGCCCUACACAUGUCCGAAAAUGAAGUAUUCUGGGUUCGCGUAUAUAAUAACAUUGAGGACGACAACCUCACCAUGCACUGGCAUGGUCUCACGCAGGGUGCCUAUCCCUUCUCAGACGGCACGCCGCAAGCCAGCCAAUGGCCCAUCCCGCCAAAUCAUUUCUUUGACUAUGAACUUCAAAGCCCUAAUGGUUCUGCGGGGACUUAUAUGUACCAUUCUCACGUCGGAUUUCAGGCGAGCACAGCAGCAGGCCCCCUGAUCAUUCUGGACCCUUCGGCCGCUCCGUAUAAAACCGAUGGCGAGAGGACUAUACUUUUGCAGGAGCUCUUCAACAAAACUGACCAGGAAAUCCUAGCUGGUCUAGAAUCUACCCCGGUCCACUCCGCCGGUGACCCAAACGCGUGGCUAAUAAACGGCAAAGGUAUUAGCGAUUACGGCAUUACUCACCCCGUAUCUGCAAACUUGGACGUGACAGAGGUUGAGCCAGGACUGACAUAUCGUUUCCGGUGUGUUGCUGCAACAUCCACGUCGCUUGCCAUGUUUGGUUUCGAAGACCACGCUGAGCUGGAUGUCAUUGCAGCAGAUGGAGGUUACACGAUGCCUUCCCGAGUGCAACAAGUCCAGAUAGGCUCGGGGCAGCGCUACGAUUUACUAUUUAGAGCCAAGACAUGCGACGAGCUCCGACGACUGGGAAAGCUAGACUACUACAUUCAAGUCGAAAGGCGGGAGGACACCAACAUCACAAGCUAUGGUCUUCUUCGCUAUAAGAAUAGCUGCGGUCCGGAUUCACAAUUCGCCAGUCGAGUCUCGACGAGCAAAAACCCAACCAAACCUCCAGUGAACUUGCCACAAACCAUCCAAGGUUAUCUUGACUACGCACUGAAACCGCUGCGGAAUGAUACCGGCUUUCCGCCUGCGGAUCAAGUUACGCGUCGCGUCAUCAUCAAUGUUCAGCAGGUCAAGAGGGGGUAUCAGCUCUGGACACUCAACAAUAAUACCUGGACGGAAGACGGAGCUGAUCCCUUGCCACAUACAACAUCGUACGAGCCGUACUUGGUUGCUCUAUACAAGAACCAGACACAGUACCUCCCCGACUACAACGCCUCGUUGCGAAACGGCGGCCUGGACCCAGGCACGAGAACCUACCCAGCAAAAAUCGGGGAAGUCAUUGAAAUCGUGUUUCAGAAUCUAGGUUCUGUCGACUACAGUGGCACUUCCAACGGCUCCCUCGACGUCCACCCCUGGCAUGCCCACGGCUCCCAUUACUGGGACAUUGGCGGAGGAGACGGCGCGUGGAGUCCGGCAAGGGCCGAGGCGCAACUCGCAGGAAGCGUCCCGGUCCGAAGGGAUACCACGAUGCUUUAUCGGUACAAUGAAACGACCGAUGCGGGUGCCGGGAGCGGCUGGCGAGCGUGGCGGCUUCGUAUUGACCAGCCUGGCGUCUGGAUGGUACACUGUCACUUCCUGCAGCACAUGAUUGGGGGCAUGCAAACCGUCUGGGUGCAUGGAGACGCGAGCGACAUUCUUAAAGUCGGGCAGGUAGAUGUCCAGGGAUAUUUGACGUAUGGGGGCGAUGUCUACGGCAACAGCAGCCAUGCGCCUCGUGUUUUGCAUUUUCACGAGCUAGAAUAG